AUGGGUGGUUGUAUGUCUACGAAUGAUCCUAUAAAUAAAGUAAUUACUAAACAAUUAAAACAAGAUGAAAAAAGAUUAAAGACUGAAGUAAAGUUACUCUUGCUAGGUGCUGGGGAAUCUGGCAAAAGCACAAUAUUAAAACAAAUGAAAUUAAUUCAUGCGGCAGGAUUUAACCCUGCAGAGAUAGAAACAUUUAGAUCAAUUGUGUUUCUUAAUAUAAUGCAAUCAAUGAAAUUAGUAAUUGAGGCAAUGGAAUAUCUUAAAAUACCACUUGAUAAUAGUGAUAAUAUGACACCAAGUAUUACCAAAGGUCAGCCAUUUCCGAUUAUUUAUUUUGAACCUUUAAAAUCACUAUGGGCGGAUCCUGGUGUACGACAAUGUUAUGAAAGGGGACAUCAAUACGCAUUACAUGAUAAUAUGAAUUAUUUUUUCGAUUCUUUGGAUAGAGUAUUUUCUUCAUCAUAUAUUCCAACUGAUCAAGACAUCCUAAGAUGUAGAAUGAAAACAUCUGGUAUAGUAGAAACUGUAUUUCAUUUAGGUCCAUUAACAUACAGAAUGUUUGAUGUUGGUGGACAAAGAACAGAAAGAAAGAAAUGGAUACAUUGUUUUGAAGAUGUUACAGCAGUAUUAUUUUUAGUUGCCAUUAGUGGAUAUGAUCAAUGUUUGGUAGAAGAUAAAGAUUCAAAUCAAAUGCAAGAAGCAUUAAUGUUAUUCAAUUCAAUUUGUAAUUCACCAUGGUUUGUAAAUACAUCAAUGAUAUUGUUUCUAAAUAAAAUAGAUAUUUUUAGGGAAAAGAUUAAAGUUUCACCUGUCAAAAAAUAUUUUCCUGAUUUUCUAGAUGAUAAUCAAAAUUUUAAACAGACAACACAUUUUUUUAAAAAAAAAUUUCAAAGACUUAAUCGUAGUGAAAAAAAAGAAAUUUAUCCACAUUUCACAGAUGCAACAGACACAAAUCUAUUAAGACAUAUAAUGGGAAGUGUAACUGAUAUUAUUUUAACACAAAAUUUACGAGAUUUAAAUAUACCAGUUAAGGAUCCCAAGAGAAUUUUUAAUGAGGAAGAAAUUAAAAAUAUAAUCGGAGUAGAAAAAACAAUUUUACAAGGUUCAGCAUAUCUUCACAGUAGAAUAUCUCAUUGGAAUUCUACAAUAGUUGAACAAACAUUAAAGAAAUUAUCAUCAUUAAAUAAAUCUUUUAAAUAUAUUGAUAAAGAUUCUGGAAUACAUGCCACAACUACUUGUUAUUGGGAUUCAAGAUAUGAUGGCAAUAAUAAUCAAAAGUCUGCAUCUAAAUCUUAA